UCAACAAAUGCCCCAAAACGUAGAAGAAGCAGCGCAAUUUGACGCAGUGUGGAAGUCCUGAAGAGUACGACGUCCGAGUUUCAAGGUUGAUUUAUCUGAACGCAUGUGCGGGCAUGUCAGGCAGCAGGUUGAUGAGAGCCAUUAGAGUGAGUGAGUUCGGAGCUCCGUCAGUCCUCAGACUGCGCUCUGACGUGACUGUUCCUCAGCCCGGGCGCACACAGGUGUUGAUCCGUGUCCAUGCCUGUGGAGUGAACCCUGUGGAAACUUACAUCCGAGCUGGGACGUAUGCAAGGAAACCCACCCUGCCUUACACACCUGGCUCUGAUGUAGCAGGAGUGGUGGAAUCAGUUGGAGAAGGAGUGACUGCAGUGAAGGCAGGGGAUCGUGUGUUCACCACAGCUACAGAGACUGGAGGCUAUGCAGAGUACACUGUAGUAGCUGGCGACUCUGUUUACAAGCUGCCUGAUGCUUUAGACUUCACACAGGGAGCAGCCAUUGGGAUCCCGUACUUCACCGCCUACAGAGCUCUGAUCCACAAAGCGCACGCCAAGGCUGGAGAGACCGUUCUUAUCCAUGGAGCCAGUGGAGGGGUGGGCAUUGCAGCCUGUCAGUUGUCCCGUGCUCUGGGUCUUCAGGUUUUUGGGACAGCAGGGACACCAGAGGGGAUGAAGUUGGUCCUUAACAAUGGAGCUCACCUGGCCUUUAAUCACAGACAAGAAGAAUACACAGACAAAAUCACGGAAGCCACAAAGGGCCGAGGUGUAGAUGUGAUAGUGGAGAUGCUGUCAAAUGUCAACCUCAGUAAGGACCUCCAGAUGCUGGCCUAUGGAGGGCGAGUGAUGGUUGUUGGCUCCAGAGGAUCUAUAGAGAUCAAUCCCAGAGACACCAUGAUUAAAGAGAGCAGCAUAGUGGGAGUGGCCCUUUUCUUUGCAACACCGGUACAAAACAACAGCAUCACAAAAUUUGAGGAGUUGAAGGAGUGUGGAGCUCUACUGUAUGCAGGGAUGGAAGCUGGUUGGUUGCGUCCGGUCGUUGGUUCCCAGUAUCCGCUUGAAAAAGCUGCCCAGGCCCACCAUGAUAUCAUUGAGUCUCCCGGGGCUGCUGGGAAGAUGGUCCUGACUAUGUGACGACCAUGUAAUGGGUCACAGGUCACCUUUACACUUUUUACAGUUCAGGCUGUUUUUAAAUGGGUGAUACUUUAAUAAAAAUUUUCAGGAACAGUUAA